AUGGACUACGGACAGGACUUCAAUGUGGCGCGGGUGACGGACGCGGAGCGGCGGUACGAGGAACGGGACCGGGCGCGCGCGGAGGAGUGGAACGACAUGCGCAAGGGCGCUGAGAUCCACCGGCGGGUGCGGCGGCACCUGCAGAACAGGCUGCGGCCCGGGCAGACGCUGACGGAGGUGGUGGAGCUGGUGGAGAAUGCGACGCGCAAGUUCACGGGCACGGACGAGCACGGGCGGUUUGCGGCUACGCCCAAGGCGCAGGGCAUCGGGUUCCCGACGGGCGUGUCGCUGAACCACUGCGCGGCGCACUUCACGCCGAACGCAGGCGACACGACGGUGCUGCGGCACGAGGACGUGAUGAAAGUGGACUUCGGCGUGCAGGUGAACGGGCACAUCAUCGACUCUGCGUGGACGGUGACGUUCGACCCGCGCUACGAUCCGCUGCUGGAGGCCGUGCGCGAGGCCACGUACACCGGCAUCCGCGAGGCGGGCAUUGACGUGCGCCUCACGGACAUCGGCGAGGCCAUCCAGGAGGUCAUGGAGUCGUACGAGGUCACGCUCGGCGGCCAGACGUACCAGGUGCGCCCGUGCCGCAACCUUUGCGGCCACAACAUCGUGCCGUACCAGAUCCACGGCGGCAAGUCCGUGCCCAUCGUCAAGAACGGCGACGAGACCAAGAUGGAGGAGGGCGAGCACUUCGCAAUCGAGACAUUCGGCACCACCGGCCGCGGCUACGUUGUGCAGAGCGGCGAGUGCUCGCACUACGCCAAGAACCCCGGCGCGCUGCCCGCGCCGACGCUGUCGCGCGCCAAGGCGCUGCUGCGCACCAUCGAUGCGAACUUUGGCACGCUGCCGUGGUGUCGCCGCUACCUGGACCGCCUGGGCGAGGACAAGUACAUGUUCGCGCUCAACCACCUCGUGAAGCAGGGCAUCGUGCAGGACUACCCGCCCCUGGUCGACGUCGAGGGCUCCUACACCGCACAGUUCGAGCAUACCAUCCUGCUGCACCCACAUAAAAAGGAGGUCGUGUCCAAGGGCGACGACUACUAG